CGCAAACCAAACCAUUUCCGUCUCUCACGAAAACUAUCUUUGCCCCCCCUUUCUCACUGUAUCCGUGUUAUCGGUCUGCAACUGAAAGAGAGAGCCAGCUUGUCAACAGCCAACAACCAAAAUCUCAUCUCGUCCGUCCCAUCCCUUUUAAUUUAUUCCUUUUUUUUUUUCGCCACGCUCCAAUCCCAUUCUUCCUCCCAAUCCAACCCUCGUUUCGAAGUGAACCACUCCCUCCCUCCCUAGAAUUAUCCGAUGGUCGACCGAGUCCAGUCCCUUCUUUAAAUAGACAGCCCCGACACCACAAUCUUAUCUCCCCUUCUCUUGAGACCCGCGCUCAUGAGAACACCCACAUCGCCGCCCUCAUCAAAGUUCCCCGUCUUCGACCCUCACGAGAAACCAGACCGAUACAAGUUUAAGCCCAAGAGGCAAGGCAUUAUUGGCAGGAUGAAGGAGUCUUGGAUGACACAGUCCCAGCGGACGAGGUGGAUUAAGACUGCCGCCAUCGUUUUUGCGAUUGUUACCCUCUUCUACUUUAUCUCCCCCAAGGGUGUUGAAGUGUAUCACGAAGGUACGCCUAGUGGAGGUAGUAGCAGCAGUCGAUCGAGAGUCCGAAUGGCAUUGUGCUAACAAGAAGCAGUCACUCAUCCUGCGCAGGGCAACAAUGGCCAGUCCCCCUCAGAUUCUUCCUACGGUACCGAACGAUGCACAAAGUCUUACUCCAAGGACAAGCCUAUUGUCCAGUACGUUCUCAUGAUCGAUGCCGGCAGCACUGGUUCGCGAAUCCACGUCUACAAGUUCAACAACUGUGGCGAUACCCCUGAGCUUGAGCACGAGGAGUUCAAGAUGACCGAGAAGGAUGUCGGUGGCCUCAGCAAGUAUAACGGCGACCCUGUGGCCGCUGCCAAGAGUCUCGAUCCCCUCAUGAAGGUCGCUAUGGAUACCGUUCCCAACGCCCUCAAGGGCUGCACUCCCGUCGCCGUCAAGGCCACCGCUGGUCUUCGAAUGAUUGGCAAGGAAGCUUCCGAUGCUAUUCUUGCUGAAGUCCGACGACACCUCGAGCAGGAUUACCCCUUCCCUGUCGUCGACAAGGAGAACGAGGGUGUCGUUAUCAUGGACGGUUCUCUCGAAGGUGUUUAUGCUUGGAUCACCACCAACUACCUUCUCGGCAAGAUUGGCGGUCCCGAUAAGAGCGAGACUGCCGCUGUUUUUGAUCUUGGUGGUGGUUCUACUCAGAUCGUUUUCGAGCCCACUUUCAAGGGCGCCGCUCACGGUGGAAUGCCCGAGAAGCUUGCUGAGGGUGACCACAAGUAUGAUCUCGACUUCGGCGGUCGUCACUUCGAGCUCUACCAGCACUCUCACUUGGGCUAUGGUCUUAUGGCUGCCCGCAAGGCCAUCCAUGGCGCUCUCAUCAAGGAUAUCGAGUCUAAGAACACCGACAAGGCCUGGGUAAAGCAACCCAUUGUUAACCCCUGCAUUGCCCCCGGCAUGAACAAGACUGUUGAGGUUACUCUUGAUGGCAGCGAGGAGCCUGUUGAAGUUACCUUUGUUGGUCCCUCGCAGCCUGCUCCCGCUCAGUGCCGAAACCUUGCUGAGAAGAUUCUCAACAAGGAUGAGGAGUGCAAGCUCGCUCCCUGCUCUUUCAACGGCAUUCACCAGCCCCUGCUUUCCAAGACCUUCACCAAGGAGGAUGUCUACAUCUUCUCCUACUUCUUCGACCGCACCAAGCCCCUCGGUAUGCCCGACUCCUUCACUCUUCGUGAGAUGCACGAUCUUACCCAGACUGUCUGCAUGGGCAAGUCUGGUUGGGAUGUUUUCACAACCAUCCCUGAUGCUAUGGCUGAGUUGGAUGGCCGACCUGAGUGGUGCCUGGACCUCAAUUUCAUGAUGGCUCUCCUCCACAGUGGUUACGAUAUGCCCAUUGACCGCGAGGUCAAGAUUGCCAAGAAGAUCAAGGGCAACGAGCUCGGCUGGUGCCUCGGCGCUAGUUUGCCUCUUCUUGCUGGUGGUUCCGGCUGGUCUUGCAAGGUCAACCAGAUUGCUUAAGUUAUACCAUAGGAUAUUAGGCGUUGAAAGGAGAUGUAUGUUGGCUUUUGCUUUUACUACUAGGCCGAUUCUUUUGGGACGGCAAUGACAUUGGGAUAUGGCAAAAUCACGCUACGGACCAUCGGCAUCAUGAACAAAAGAUGGACGAGAUUGUAAGCCAUGAGUGGCUUCAUGGGGGAACUGGAGUCCUCGACUUGUCAUGACGUGUAGAAUAUUAUAGAAUUAAUUAAUACAAGGUACCCGCCUUAGACCGGCGCGGUCACCAUGCCCAAGACAUCUUCAAUCACAUCCUCGGGACCGACAUCUUCUAACAGGGCUUCUACUGCUUCCAGUCUACUCCCCCAUUGCAUGCUCCUCUCCUUUUCAGGGGGAGUCAGCUGUAUUCGGUGUAAGUACACCUUGCGGGCAGCGAGGCCAACCAGAGCUGGUGUCACAAAGUCUAGACAAUGCAGAGCAGCCAAACAACGCAUGAGUUGACCAAAGUGCUUUGUGGCUGUGGGACUGAUACCCCCAGCAACAGCUCGGUGCAUUCGAAGAAAUGAGACGAUGUUCAUCUGGUAGCGGAUGAUUUCGACAUCUACUUGCGCCUCUUUACUGAGUGUACCAAGAUAACUGAUAUCCUAUGAUAGAGUCAACGACUGGAAAGAAAUUGAACCAGGGCAACCUACGCUUUCGACGAUCUGGGGUGGGUCUGAGCUGGUUUCAUCACCAGGACCCCUUUUCACAACACUGCCCGUGGAGGCAGUAUCGGCAUCAUUGCCGCCAUCUGCCUCCUCCAAGUUGACGAAUCCAUCUUCGGGAUUAUGCCAAUAGGCUAUGUAUAAGAAAUCAUUCAAGUGCGCCGUCACGCGAGCUUCGCCUCCACUCACUGCCUCUAGGACCGGAAUAAAGACGAAUUGUUUCGGAGCUGUUUGAACAGAUGUUCGUGUAAAGAUACGACGGGUACGUAGAAGCUCCAGCGCUUGGAUCUGUACAGCUUGUGGUGCUCGAUCGAGAUUCUUUGCAAAAACAACGUUGGCAAUUCGAGAGGUAAACGCACCACUGGGCGUUAGAGGACUGAGGGGCGUGCGCGGAUGCGACGUUGAUGGCCUCGAGGUAAAGUAUGAGUCGGGGUGGCGCGAUGCUGUCGGAGAGUGACUAGAUGGAGAAGCCGCAUUGCCUAGAAGAAGAGCAGAAGCGAAGUCUUCGAGCGUCGUGGAGGGAGUGCAAUCGAUCACGACCCAACUGAGGCCAAAUGUCUUUGUAGCUACGAGCUGUAGCUCCUGAAUCAAGUCGUCGAUAGCAUCGGAUGGUGUGCUGACAAGACAGUGUUCGCGACUAAUUAGACAAAGGAGUAAGGCCAGCUCGAGAUCACUCAGAGCGUGGACCUUGUCGAGAAGGCCAUCAUCCGCCAUAAUUCAGCCGUCUCAGCCUCGUUGGCACGUCCAUGAGGCUUUGCGUACCUGAUAAUGAAGGUUGACCCCUACUAGAACGUUCUUGUGAAAGCUAGUCUUCGGGAGCUUAAUGUCGC